AUGCCACCUCCACUGGACACUGCGGAUUUCACGUUCCCUCUCGGCGACGGAUCAGCCUUUAGCCCUUGUAUUCAACGGUCACAAAACAAUCCUCUUCCGCACAUGAACUUGCAAAACUCCGCGGAACAGUACUGGAAAGAUGUGGCAGAUCAAAACCAGAAAGCGUUAGGGGAUGCACUGGUGGAAAAUAAUCAGCUGCACGUGACAUUAACCCAAAAGCAGGAAGAGAUCACUUCCCUGAAGGAGAGAAACGUGCAGCUGAAGGAGCUAGCCAGCCAGGCGAAGCAGCUGGCCUGUGUGCUCGAUAAACUGAUGAUCCACCAGUCCAAGGAGGGGGCCGACGCUUUCCUUCCCAGGAGCUCAGCUAAGAGAAGCCUGGAGCAGCGGUACGCGGCCAGGCAGGAGGACUGCGCAGAAGUGGAUGAAAUCCUGAGGGAAAUAUCAGACACCUGUAACGCGGCGCUGCAGACUAUUGAUGAGAACCGAGAGGCGAAGCGCCCUCGGCUGCAGGCGGAGGCCACACAGGCCCCGGACAGCCAGAGCCAGGCUAUUAACAUGUACGGGGCGUUCAGCGGACUGCAGACUUGCAGCAGUCGCAGCUCGGUGGAUCUGAGUAACAGCGAGCUGGAGGAAGGCGGGUCUUUCAGGACCUCCAUCACAGAUCACUGCACGAUCCGGACACUAGCUUUCCCCCAAGGAAAUGCUUUCACUAUCAGGACAGCCACCGGGGGCUACAAGUUUAGAUGGGUUCCCAGCUGAGCCAGGAAACGAUCAGCUAACUACACUGGCCAAGGUCUCCAAUGAAAACGUCGCACUGCCUGCACUGGAACUUAGCACUGUUCCGCCUGCCCUAGCCCCCCAAGGUGACUUCCACUUACAGGACGGGGUCUGUCGCAGAAACUGGAAGCGAUUUUUUAAAAAAGAAAAGAUACAUUUACCACAAUACAGUUGUGGUGGUUUUUUUUUUCUUUUGAAGCCAUUGUAGUGACCCUUCCAACUUCUGAGCAGGUUUAGAGAGAUACUUAAAGGGACACUGUCCAUUUGGAUUUUUUAAAAUAUCUGUAAAUAGUGUGUGUGCCUUGAAACUUUAAAAAAAUAAUUAAAAUGUGAAUAAGGGGUUCUCUGCUCCCCUGUUGAUGUUUGCGAGGGUCUUUUCAGCAACUAAGUAACUACACAGGGGAAACAACAAAACUGACUGUACACACUAGUCAAAUACACACCCCAAACGAACUGAAAAAAAAAUUGCCUCAGCAACUUCCUUCAGUUAUAGUGAUCGUGGGUAUUGUAAUUAGAGCAGGUAGAACAUUUUCAGACAGAAAUGUGACUUUCAAAUUGUUAGUGUCCCUUCACAGACAAUAAUUAUUUAUUAUCGGUAACAUUACUGUUGUUGAGAUAUCUUUGAAAGAAAUAUGUUGCCUGGUUUCUCGCUCAGCAAUUUUGCUAGAACUAAUGUGAGGUUAUAAAAUAGUGAUUAUAGAUAGCAUCUUUGGAAAUGCACACACUAUCUGAAGUAUAUUAAGCAUACUACACUUUAUUAUUACUGGAAUUUUAAAUCCAGGAAGUUUACAAGAUCACAUUUAGACACUGAGUGACUUGUAUACAAUUGUAAACGUAUUUUUACAGCUACU